AAACAGUUUGAGGAGCGCAAUCAGAUCGUAGUAAUUGUUUGAAUGCAAUUGGUAGUUAAAGGAAUAAUUGACGUCGUAAAAUCGGUAUUGCUACAACAUGCUGAGAGCGGUGCUGGUGGUUGUGGUGGUCUCUAAUUGUGCUGAUGGGUACAUUGUGGGAUCGGGACUGAACGUCCGCUUCGGUCAGAUGCUGUACACAGACACCAAGUACCAGCUUCUGCGGGAGCGGAUGGUGAAGGCCAACACCCGGAACCUGGCCUACCACUGCCGCGCGGACAAGAGCGACUGCGACGCCGCCCUGGCCAAGAUGCGUUACAAGUCCAGUAAGCAUUUCUACGCUCUGGCCAAAGCGGUGGUGGAUUAUGUGAAGAAUAAGAGACAGGCGCGGCCUACUGGAUAUGUCGGUACAGCAACAUUCUGCCGUGACAACAUCUGCGUACCAGACAGCGACCCGCCAGUCGUACCAGGCGGCUGCCUCGUGCUCACCUCCUGCGGCGGCAACGAGACCUGGCACCUGGAUCCUAUACUACACAAAAAGAAGACAGCACGCAUUUACUAAAUAAAUACUGGUGUUUG